AUGUCUCUUCUCACGAGGGAAACGCAAGAAAAUGGCAUCGAUCCACCACUCUCCCAAGUCGUCGGCUAUGUUGUCGUGAUUCUCAUUGGUUUCCUCAUCGCCUUCAUCAUGAUGUUCCUGACCCACAUCUUGAAGAAAACGGUUGGUGAGGAUAACAAGACAACAGAGAUGUUCAUGACAGCAAAUCGCAGUGUCGGCACCGGCUUGACUUCAUCCGCUGUGAUUUCAUCAUGGCUUUGGAGUACAGCUAUGCUAGGUAGCACAUUGGUCGGGUACAAUUUUGGUGUGGCUGGGCCGUUUUGGUUUGCUGCUGGAUCCGGUAUCCAUGUCAUCGCGGCUACGUUCUUGUUGCCUGUUGGAGUGGUGCUGUAUACUUUUGUUGGAGGCAUCAAAGCAACCUUCCUCACAGACUACUUCCAUACCUUUGUCAUCACAAUCAUCAUCUGCUUCUUCACCAUCAAGGCCUUUUUAGUGCCCGAGAUUGGAUCACCUGGAGGUCUUUACGACUUGAUCGUCCAAGUCGGAAAAGAUCACCCUGUCGCUGGUAACCACAACGGGUCUUUCUUGACGAUGACCAGCAAAGAUGCUAUUUACUUUGGCAUCAUCCACGUCCUAGCUAACUUCGGCCUCGUCAUUAUGGACACGGGCUUCUUCGCCAAGGCUUUCAGCGCCGCGCCACAAGCUGUUGUACCAGGGUACAUCAUUGGUGGUAUCGCCUACUUCGCCAUCCCAUGGUGUCUGGGCACUCUGAUGAGCUUCUCUGCUCUCGCACUCGAAGAUACACCUCGCUUCCCAACUUACCCGCGACGUAUGUCAUCUGUCGAGAUUUCAAACGGCCUGGUUCUCCCAUAUGCCGCCAUCGCAAUUGCUGGCGAAGGUGGUGCUGCUGCUGUGCUGUUAAUUACCUUCAUGGCCGUGACUUCAACCAUCAGUGCUCAAGUCAUUUCUGUGUCAUCGAUCAUCAGCUUUGACAUCUAUCGCCAGUACUUCAACCGCGCAGCUACGGACCGCGAUGCUAUUCGAUGGAGUCACAUCGGUGUUGUCUUCUUUGGCCUGUUUUCUGCUUCCUUCUCAACGGCUUUAUACUACGGCAAAGUUGAUCUUGGGUGGACGUUGUACAUGCUGGGCGUUUUGACAUGCCCUGGCAUCUUCCCGACUGUUUUUACAAUUCUCUGGAAGAAGCAAUCCAAGAUCGCUGCUAUUGUUUCACCCUUGUUGGGCAUGGCGACUGGCAUUGCAGUUUGGCUAGGAACAGCAUCCUCUCUGUAUGGUGAAGUCACAGUCGCGUCAACUGGAAAGUCUCUUCCUUGUGUUUAUGGAACAGUUGCCUCUGCUUUGAGUCCGGCGCUGUACUCAGUCGUCAUCUCACUUAUCAAGCCUGCGAACUACAAUUGGGCUGACUUUCGAAAUGAGCGGCUUGCGUUUGAUCAGACCGAUUCAUCUACCUCGGAAGCAGCAAAAAGCCAUGAAGAGAAGGUUUCGAGUUACGCUGCUGAUAAAGCCCGCCUGAAGCACUGGGGUACUCUGGCGGCUAUUUGGUCUGCCGCCACGUUCUUGGGACAUUGGGUUCUAUGGCCCCUCCCAAUGUAUGCCUCCAAGUAUGUAUUUGGUAGAACCUUCUUUGUCGCCUGGAUCGUCAUCGCUAUAAUCUGGGUAUGGGGAACUAUGUUUGUUGCUGGCUUCUAUCCAAUCAUCGACGGUUGGCCACAGUUGAAGAAAGUGUACAAGGGUUUAAGAGGACAGGAUUCCGUCGAGGGUCGAACAGAAGUGGUUCAAGACCCCCCAAGUGACUCUUCUAUCACCGAUCGCGAUGAUAAGGGCAACGCGGGUAUUUUGGCUUGA